GUUAUUUUCAAUGUGUAUUAUUAUGCGGCUGUUGCCACCUCCCUAGAUACGCAGUGGAGGUUGCUAAAUUGGACGUGCCCAGCGUCGUAUAUCAAUGGACCGCUACCAAUACACGGAAAGAUAUACGCGGUACCUACCCCUAUGUCCUCCUACCAUCUGCAAGGGGACGGUGCACCAGAGAUUUUGGAGAUGGACGCACGCCACCACCAAGACCCACCAAGGUCGAUCUUUGCAUGCCCGAUAGAGAAACACCUACGAGCUUGCUAUCUCGUAGAGUAUGGCUCCGAGAUCUUAGUGGUUGCACAUGACGAUGCACGCCUAUCCCAUAUAACGGUUUACAGGCUUGCUGACCUCGUAUUGGGAAAAUUCAUCCCGGUAACGGACAUCGGUGAAAACACUAUCUUCGUGGGAUUGAGGAGCAUCUGUGUUUCUUCCAGGGCAUUUCCUAUGGUCAAGGCCAAUACUAUUGUGUAUUUCCGUCCACAAAAACACCGUUUUGCGCAAUACAACAUUGGUCGCCGCACCUGGUCACGAGUUACAGAUGAAUGCAGCAUUAAUGGCCUUGCACAAGGCCCUCGUAGCAUUAUAUGCCAUAUCUUGACAUGCUGCUCUAACCCGCAUUGGAACAAAGGACAAGAUUACACAUAUACGAAAACAGGAGGUCCAUUACCAGGGUGGAGGGUGAAGGAAGAGUUUCGAGCUGGGGCAUAUGCCUAAGUACCACACUUGUACUCAGAGGCCAGAGCUAGUGAUGGGCCACUUUCGUCCUUGCAUCUCGAAGAAGAGACGAGUUUUUGUUGAUGGAGGAAAUGCAUCACUGAAAUAUACAAACGAGAGAGGGAGAAGUUUUCUGGAUCCUGC